ACCGAGCUGAACAACUGCAUUUCCAUGCUGGUGGCGGGGAAUGACCGGAUCCAGACAAUCAUCUCCCAGCUGGAGGACUCGUGCCGGAGUACCGAGGAGAACAGCGAGGCGGCCAAGCGGGAGCUGUGCGCUCGCUUCGAUGCCUUGGCAGCGCUGCUGGAGGAGAAGAAGUCGGAGCUGCUGCAGCGCAUCUCCUGCGAGGAGGGCGACAAGACCGGCUUCGUCCAGGGCCUCAUCCGCCAGUAUUUUCGCCAGUACAAGGAGCAGCUGGAGAAGUCGAGCCAGCUGGUGGAGACGGCCAUCCAGGCGAUGGAGGAGACCGGGGGGGCCACCUUCCUCAUGAAAGCCAAGCAGCUUAUUAAAACGAUCGUGGAGGCCUCCAAGGGCGGCAGGCUGGAGAAGAUCGAGCACGGCUACGAGAGCAUGGACGCCUUCUCGGUGAGCCUGGACCACCUCGCCGAGGCGGUGCGCGCCUUGGACUUCGAACCCGCCGAGGCAGACGAGGAGUACUUCGAUGGGGAGGAAGAAGAGGUGGAGGAGGAUGCGGCGCCCGAGAAGACGGUGACGG